AUCUCAGACGUCGGUCUCGGCAGGUUUAUACUACAGUAUGUGUGCGUGCUUAGUUGUUUAGCGAGUACGAUUCGCCUCUCUUCUUUUUAACAGUCUCUGUCAUUUGGUUAAUGAUCUUUGCAGGUGUGUCUACCGUCCGCGUACAGUACCGUGCCGUAGAUCAGAAAACGCCACAAAUUCAGCGGGGAAGUAACAAAAACCAUGGCAUCGUCAAGUACCGGAGAAAAGCCACGGGUUCUAGUGCUCGGAGGUUGUGGUUUUAUUGGGAGGAACUUAGUCCACUAUUUGGUGAGCAAAGACUUAGCAGCAAAGAUCCGCGUGGCUGACAAAACACCCCCUCAGAUGGCAUGGAUGAAUGACAAACACAAGGAAGCAAUUGAAAGUGUGGACUUUGUCUCUGUUAAUCUCAUCAAUCCAGGUUCGGUCUCUAAAGCAUUCUCUGAUGGGGAUGACUCGUAUGAUAUUGUGGUCAACCUAGCAGCUGAGACUCAGUAUGGUAGAGCAGAUGUAAUAUAUGAGGAAGGCAUAGUAAAGCUCAGCCAGAAUUGUGCCCGUGAAGCAGCAGCCAGAAAUGUCAAGAAAUAUAUUGAGAUAUCAACAGGUCAAGUCUAUUCUUCAGACAAGAAAUCCAGCAAAGAAGAUUCCUCAAAGCUGUCUCCAUGGACAGGUAUUGCUAAAUGUAAAUUGCAAGUGGAAGAAGAACUCAAGAAGGUUGAUGGGUUAAACUACUGCGUGUUGAGGCCAGCAACUGUGUAUGGACUGGGAGACAAAUAUGGCUUAACACCUAGGUUAAUAAUUGGUGCAGUGUACAGACAGCUGGGAGAAAAGAUGGAGCUCCUGUGGUCAGCAGAUCUUGGGAUGCAUACAGUUCAUGUGGAUGAUGUAUGCCAAGCUAUUUGGCAUGUUGCUGAAAAGGCAGAGAAUGGCCAGGUCUUCAAUGUAGUUGACAAGUCGUCUACAACACAAGGUAGCAUUUCAGACCUGGUCUGUCAAAUCUUUGAUAUCAAGUAUGGCUUCUUGGGGACCGCUCUUACCAAGAUUGCUGAAUUGAGCAACAGGGAUAUAGCUGAAUUCUGCAAUGACAAGCAUACUGAACCAUGGUCAGAGGCUUGUAAGCUAGACAAGAUAGAACACACGCCACUCAGCCCCUAUCUGGAUGCGGAACUUCUCUACCACAAACAUAUGUUGCUGGAUGGCAGUAAAUUAGAUGCAACUGGCUUCACACAUCUCAGACCUAAGCUAACUAAGGAAGCUCUAAAAGAGAUGGUGGAUGACUUUGUCAAGAUUGGUGUUUUCCCUAAGUCCUUGGUACCAAGCUGAUUCCUGCCCAACACUCAAAAAUAGUGUUUUCUUUGAGGGCUUCAGUGGUGAUUUUGGUGGCAAAAACUCAAAGAAAGAGCUUAGAAGGAGAGAGAGAGAGAGAGAGAGAAACUAUUACGUGGCCUAUGUUAUUUGGAGUAUUAAAGAGUGCAUUGUAAAUGUUCCUUUCAUUAGUUUCUGUCUUCCAUAUUUGCAGCUUCUUUUAUUGAGAAAUGGAGGCAAUUUUCAGUACUUUGUAGUGUGAUAGUAGUGGACAUGUUUGAACAUUUUAUGCUGUAUAUUGCUAAUGCUUAUAGUCGUAAGGUGUAAUGACAUGUAGAAUAGUGAUAUAGUCAUGAUUAUUUUAACAAUAGUAUUGUAACCUGUAAAUUGGAAUAUGGACAUAGUCCUCUCCUCACAAUGUGGUUGGGUUGGUUGAGAAGAUAGUUUUAAUCAUUUACUAUGUAGCUGUCCUACCGUGGGCUCUACCAUUUCAUACUUCAUUUUUAAAUAUAAAAUGUGUAUACAUUAGUGAGCUGGUCAAAUUUUUAAGUCUUAUUGUGCCCUGAAUAUUUGGAAGAGGGCUUACUGUAUUAGGUGCAUGUUUGGGGUUUUAAGUUGUUGACAUGCUGUACUGUCUCCAUUCUAAAAUAGCACAAUACCACCUGCCAAAUGUGGACUUUAUCAUCCAGACACUGCUUCUUUGAAUCUAUGGAUACUACAUUUUGAUGAUCGAUAAACCUUAAUAAUAAUAAUGAUAGGCAUUUCUAUAGCGCCAUCUAUCUAAAAAUUCUAUUCCGAGGCGCAUUUAUUAUUACCCCGGCUUUAGCCUAGCUGCCAUUACAGCGCUCCAGCAUUUUAAGGAAUUAAUUCGUGCCAGGUACCCAUUUACAUCACCUGGGUUGAGUGUGGCAAAUGUAGCAACUUCAUUCUUGUGAGAUUAGAUAAACAGAUGGAUUUAGUUGGUACAUCCCCAACUCAACUGCCAAAUUUGUUAUUUAGAAAAUUCGAGAGGGAUAAAGAUUCAGAAGUAAUUUUCGUCAUUGUAUUCUUGCAAAUGGAGGCUGAUUGAUAAUUUUUAUCAUAAAUAUAUCUGGAGGAAAAAAUUCUGUUGAGUGAAU